AUGAUCUUGCGGUUAAUACUAAACACGGCCUUUGCAACGUUCAUCGCCGUCGCAGCUACAGGUUUUUAUUUCGAAUAAUAAUUUUUCAAAGUAAAGAAAGGAACCUCGUGGUGUCAAUAAACAUAAAUUGGGCGCCAAAAAACGAAAAUAACUGGACCAGAAGGUCCAAAGUCUUUUAACCCCCAAGCUUGAGAAAAAAUAAACAAACGAACUUGUGGGCCUUUUUCGGGUUUUACUGUACCUCGGAGCAGAUUUUAAGCUUUUGAAAAGGGUAUUUUGGAACCUUUCACUUUGAAAAAUAUACCAAAAAAGUACCAUAAUUUUUUGAGUUAUACUAAACAAUUUUUCAAGAUUGUUCACCUCGGAUCGACGUCGUUGACGGUUCCCAACUUCCUCCACUUCUAUCGGCAAUUUUAUCAACCAAAAUAACCGCCUCGAAUAGUCGGCAAUGUGCGCUCCACUGCUACAUGAACAAUUGCGAUGUGAGUCUGAAAAAACAUUUCUUCACUAGGGAACGUUUUCUAGCCUCAUACUCCAUUCGCUUCAACUUGGAAAAAAUCUAACAUUUCUGCGCUCUCUUAUCUCUCGAGAGUGUCUAGCUAACUCCUGGCUAAGUCAUCGAAAAAUGGUCUUGACACGAUGAAAGAAGAAAUAGUGUCUAUUAGAUGGAGGGCGCAGACAGUUCUUCGUCCUAAGCUAGCCGAGAAUAGGCUAUGAAACUAUUCGGACCUUGGUAACGCGAAAUAGAAUUAUCCGAUCCUUAGUGACCACUUUAGUAGCUUCAGACGUCUUAAGUGAUCCCUAGAAUGGCUCAGAAGUUAGUAACGCGGACCGGAAUAUCGGAGCACGUCUAGUGACCACUUUAGUAGCUUCAGACGUCUUAAGUGAUCCCUAGAAUGGCUCAGAAGUUGGUAACGCGGACCGGAAUAUCGGAGCACUUCUAGUGACCACUUUAGUGGCUUUAGUACUCCUAAGGGAUCUCUAGGAUUGCUCAGAAAUUGGUAACGCGAAUCGGAAUAUCGGAGCACGUCUAGUAACCACUUUAGUGGCUUCAGCACUCUUAAGUGAUCCCUAGGAUUGCUCAGAAGCGUUCAAACCAAUGAAAAAAGUAUAUACAAGCUCCAUUUCAAUUUUCUCAAAUUUCCAGGUCGCCUACUACGAUUCCCAGACAAAACUGUGCCAAUACUCCAAAGACACUUCAACGAUCAAGAAAAAGUUCGAGUUUUGCCACCUUCCCAAGGCGAUUCUUCAGCCGCCGAUUAUUAAUGGGAAUCCCACGGCUGAUGAUGAAAUCGACCGAUUUUGCAUCGUUUGCAAGGUCCCGAAAGGUAGUUUUGGAUCAAUAUUCGUGGUUUUUUGAGCUUUUUUUCAUUCAUUUACUUCACUCGGGUUCUUCCAAACCCAUACAAGUGGUUUUAUCUUUAAACCAUUAAAAUCUACUUUUUCAAGCUUUUCGCAAUGUCUGUAGAGAUUGAGACAGGCCCAAAAAGAGAGCCAAAAAAAGAGCCUCAAAAAAGUUUCUUAUGCGCUCCAUGGCUAAUUUCAAAAAUUUGAGGAAAUCAAGGUUUUUUUUUUCAAAUCAUAUUUUUCUUACUUUACUAAGUCCACCUCAGAGCACGCUCUUCACAAAAUUUGCAAUUUUUCUCGUUUUUUCUCGUCACCCGCGCCUCUAGCAGUUACUUCGAGAAGUCCCACAAGUGAUCACUUGGAAAAACUCUUUUAAAACCUGCGAUUCACCCUGUUCUUAAAAUUACUUCCUCGGCCCCUUGAAAAAAUCGAGUUUCAGAGAAAAUGAAGCGGAAAAAGGUGGACAGUGAGAUCCAAGAGCCGCCAAGAGCCGUGGUUCCGCCGGUUUUGGCCUUCAGAAAUCAACUUCUUCCAGUUCUUCAGGUCAUUUUGGAUACCUUUCAACUAUCAAUAAAACCUCGAGCUUCAUCAAGAAAAAGUCAGUUUUCAGAUGACAAGGGUCCAAAAUACCCACUUCAACACGAAAAACCUGCUCAGGAAGACGGUCAAAGGCAAAAAAGGGCCAAAAAGUGAGUCGUCCACUUAAGAGGCUCCUCAAGGACUACUUGGAGAGGACACUAAAGUGGCCACUAAAACCACCUCCAUAGAAGCCACUAGUGGCCUUUUUAGUAGCUUUCAGUGGCCACUUAGACUUCUAAAGAGGCCACUAAAUUAAAAACCCUCCAGUGGCCACUACCUCGACUUUUAUAGUGGUCACUAAAACGUCAAAACCCUAAAGUGACCCUCUAGUGGCUUUUUUGAAGGUCCUUUUAGUGGUCACUUUAGGGUUUUUUUUUGCUAUCAGUGGCCUAGUGGUACCACUUACCACUUUGUUAGACUUCUAAAAAGGCCACUAAGCUCAAAUCCCUUAAGAGGUCACUAACUCGACUUCAUAGUGGUCACUAAAACGUCAAAACCCUAAAGUGACCACUGAAACCGCUAGUGGCCAUUCUAGUAGCUUUCAGUAGCCCCGAUGUACCACUUAGACUUCAAGACAGGCCACUAACUUUUAGCUCCUCAAGUGGCCACUAAAACUUCGAAACCCUAAAGAGGCCACUUGAAACUCCUCAGUCCAUAAUGGACAUACAAUGGCUCUAUCUGCACCCGACUUAAAACGACUUCAAAAAAAAUUUUGAGCCAUUCCCAAUGCGGCCAACCGUAUUUUAAGGAAUUUCUUUCAGGAAUUUCGUUCACCACCAGAAAUCCAACGGUUUUCGACAAGACCUACCAUUUGAACAAGCUCCAUUCGGUGAUUUUUCCUCAUCUUAUCGAUAAAACCAAUUUUUUUUUCCAGGGAAGACAGCCAGUACGACUGGUAUAUCGUACAAGGGGUGGUGUCAGUCGGUUCCGAAAAACUCAGAGUCGAUUUUUGAAACGGAAAGGCUAUCGAAAGUUGGUUUUUUCAAACAAAUUAUGUAGGAAAUAAAAUGGCAAAAAUCAAAAUUUUCGAUGGGGAUUGAACCUGGGACCUAUUUGGUGAUAAUUAACAGCGUUAGCCGCUGAUUUAAGAUGCUAAUUCUCAUAAAUGACGAAUUUGAUGGGCUUAAGAGAAAAAUAAGACAAUUUUUGGUAGGAGAAAGGCUAUCGAAAAUCGGUUUUCAUUCAAAUUAUGGAAGAAAAAAUGGCAAAAAUCGAAAAAUUGGACGGGGAUUGAACCUGUGACCUAUUUUGUGAUGACGAAGAGCUUUAGCCGCUGCUCCAAGACGGUUUUUUCUUCAAGUUGUGUACUCAAUCAGUUCAGAAGAUUAAAAAAAACUUUUUUUUUUCAAACAGAGUAUUGUAUUAUAGCAAAGAGUGUGACGAAAAUGGCAAAAAUUAGAAAUUUGGAUGGGGAUUGAACCUGUGACUUGUUUGGUGAUAAAUAAGAGCGUUAGCCACUGUUUUAAGGUUCGAAAUAUCAAAACAGACAAAUUCGAUCGGUUUGAAAGGAAAAAUGAUAUAAUUUUUUUGAUAAGGAAAAAAACGAUCGAAAAAUUGAUUUUAAAUCAAAUUAUGUAAGAAAUAUAAUGACAAAAACCCGAAAACUGGACGGGGAUUGAACCUGGGACCUAUUUGGUGAUAACCAAGAGCGUUAGCCGCUGCUUUAGGGCUCCAACUUUCAAAAUAGACAAAUCCCAUCGGUUUGGAAGGAACAUAAGGCAAUUUUCGACAAGGAAAAACGAUGGAAAAUUGAUUUUUACUCAAAUUAUGUAGGAAUCAAAAUGGCAAGAAUGAAAACUUUUGAUGGGGAUUGAACCUGGGACCUACUUGAUGAUAACCAAAAGCGUUAGCCACUGCUUUAGGAUCCGAAUUAUCAAGAUAGACGCAAUUGAUCGGCUUGAAAGAAAAAUGACAUAAUUUUUGAUGAGGAACAGCGACCGAAAAUUGAUUUUUACCCAAAUUAUGUAGGAAUUAAAAUGGCAAAAAUCAAAAUUUCUGAUGGGGAUUGAACCUGUGACCUAUUUGGUGAUAACCAAAAGCGUUAGCCACUGCUUUAAUGUUCAAUUAUAACUUGAUCAGCUCAAAAGGCAAUUUGUGAAACGGAAAGGCUAUCGAAAGCUAGUUUUUAAUCAAAAUAUGUAUAGAGAAUAAAUGGCAAAAAUCGAAAAACUGGACCGGGAUUGAACCCGUGACCUUUAUGGUGUUGUUUCAAAAGACUAGCCACUCGUCCAAAAAAGAAUAUUCGAAAAAUGAUCGAAUUCCAGAUAUUUCCACAAAUCCCCCAGCUUCAUCACAUUCCAAGGCGUCCGGAAGAACAAGGGCAAUGGAAACGCUUGA